AACCUUGGGGGGUUUGUGCUUUUGUGUGUUUUCUUUUUUUUAUGGGGCAGGAGGGCGGGCCUCUUUCAGAGCUACGGCACUAAGGGGAGUAAAUGAACGGAGCGCUGCCGAUCUGCUCCGAUCUGCUCCGUCACUGGACCCCUGAGACUCGCCUUUCGGGGCCUCCGUCUGCUCCGCAGCUGCAGGUCAAGAGAACGGCUGUGCCCCUUGGGAGGUGUGACCACGGUAUAAAAGCCAGUGGAACCGAGCGACUGACACCGUCGUCUUGUUCAUCUCCGCUCCGGCCUAAAAUGAUGCACGAGCGGAAUCCGGGCAUGUAAAUGGCGUCCACGGUGAGAGAUGCUGUCGUCUGGUACCAGAAGAAGAUUGGGGCUUACGAUCAACAGAUAUGGGAGAAGUCAGUGGAGCAGAGAGAAAUCAAGUUUAUUAGACUGGGACUGAGGAACAAGCCGAAGAAGACGGGCCACGUGAAGCCAGACCUCAUUGACGUGGACCUGGUUAGGGGCUCAGCGUUUGCAAAGGCCAAGCCCGAGAGCCCAUGGACCUCCCUGACCAGGAAGGGAAUCGUCAGGGUGGUCUUCUUUCCCUUCUUUUUCCGCUGGUGGAUCCAGGUCACCUCCAGAACCAUCUUCCUCCUCCUCCUGCUCCUGUACCUCCUUCAAGUGGCGGCGGCCGUACUCUUCUUCAGCACCCCCCCGACGCACAAUGUUCCCGCCACUGAAGUGUUUGGGGCGCUGUGGCUCAUGCUGCUCCUGGGGACCGUCCAUUGCCAGAUCGUGUCCACCCGGACCCAUAAGCCCCCGCCCACUGUUGGAGGCAAGAGGAGAAGGAAGCUGAGGAAAGCGGCCCGCUUGGAGGUCCAUAGGGAGGGGCCCGGUUCCAGCAGUACCGAUAAUGCUCAGGAGGGGGCGCUGCACUGCACGGUGGCUGCGUCUACUCACUGCCUCGGUGCUUUCUUCAGAGAGUUCUGGCAUGAUAUCUUUAAAUCUGGAUCGAAGAAGUGUAAGAUGUCUAUCGACAAGUCCACAGAGACUGACAACGGCUACGUGUCGCUGGACGGCCGAGUGACGAGCAAGAGCAGCGAGGAGGGGCUGCAGCUGCACGAGACGCACUGUGACCUCCUGCGCACCAAGGAGUCGAGCUGGAGCUCCGCUCUGACCUGCGGAAGCUCUCUGCUGCCGCCCGUCGGAAAGGAGCCCCCGAGUCCUCGCAGCGUGCAAAACAUGUCAGAUGAGGCAUCCAGCGAGGAAGACCCCGAGGGCUCCUACGGUGCUCUCCGCAGGGGUGUGGAGCGCAUGAGCAGUGCCUGCGGUCUCCGCAACAGGAAGUCCCAUCACUACAAGAAGCACUAUACCACCGAGGAGACGUGCCGAUCGGGCGCCAGCGGCAGCUCCCGCUGCUCCAGCCUGCGCCAGGAUUCGGAGAGCGCGCGCCCAGAGUCGGAGACCGAGGACCUACUGUGGGAGGACUUCCUGCACUGUGCCGAGUGCCGCUCGUCCUGCAGCAGCGAGAGUGAGGGGGAGGGCGCCGCCGUCUGCACCGGCACCAAGAAGGAAUACCGGGAUGACCCCUUCCACCAGGGACACACCCCUUGGCUGCACAGCUCCAACCCAGGCCUGGAGCGCGUGAGCGCCAUCGUAUGGGAGGGCAACGAGUGCAAGAAGGCAGACAUGUCCGUGCUGGAGAUCAGUGGCAUGAUCAUGAACAAGGUGAACCUGUACACCCCUGGAAUUGGAUACCAGGUAUUCGGGAACCUGGUAUCAGUCACUCUUGCCCUGACACCGCUGGCCUACAGGCUUUCACAGCACAGAGACCUGGAGCAUCUGGCCACGGUCUCGGCACGUGAGCUCAUUGCUAUGGCAAUGGGCUCCAGCACCGAUGUCACGGUGAUUGCUAUGGUGACGGUCAGCCUCGUGGUACGGGCCUGUCUGAUCUGGCUCUUCUUCUUUUUGCUGAGUGUGGCAGAGAGGACCUACAAGCAGAGGCUACUAUUUGCCAAGCUUUUUGGCCACCUGACAUCAGCCCGCAGGGCCAGGAAGUCUGAGGUUCCACACUUCCGGCUGAAGAAAGUGCAGAACAUCAAGAUGUGGCUGUCUCUCCGCUCCUACUUGAAGAGGAGGGGUCCGCAGCGCUCAGUGGACGUCAUCGUCUCUUCGGCCUUCCUCCUUACUCUGUCCGUGGUCUUCAUCUGCUGUGCCCAGCUGCUCCACGUCCAUGAGACUUUCCUGGACUAUCACUACAACUGGGAACUGGUCAUCUGGUGCGCAUCACUGUCGCUCUUUCUGCUGCGCUUUGUCACUCUAGGCUCCGAGACCAGCAGGAAGUACAGCAACACUUCCAUACUGUUGACAGAGCAGAUCAAUUUGUACCUAAAGAUGGAGAAGAAGCCCAACAAGAAGGAGGAGCUGACCUUGGUGAACAAUGUGCUGAAGCUGGCCACCAAACUGCUGAAGGAGCUGGACACCCCUUUCAGGCUGUACGGCCUGACCAUGAACCCCCUCCUGUACAACAUCACCCAGGUGGUCAUCCUGUCGGCUGUGUCGGGAGUCAUCAGCGACUUGCUGGGGUUCAAUCUGAAGCUCUGGAAGAUCAAAUCAUGAGACCUUUGACACUGCAGGCUCUUCAAAAGGGAUGUGGCGCAGUCCAAGCAGAGGGGGGUGCUGUUGGGACAGACAGGAGAUGCUCUGGCAAUGAAAAAUGAACUAUCCUUUCUCAGACAUAUCAAAGUGCUUUUGUUACACACACACGGAUCGUGCAAUCGAGAUAUCCCAUGUACCCUUUCAGUGUUUUCACUUUUUUUGGCAUUUGUAUAAGUGAUGUUUUAAAGGAAAGAAAUGUUUUAGCAACUGGUAUGUGUUCUCAAAAGGGUGUGGAGUCCGCAAGAUAACAUUUAAACCGAGACAUGGAACCAAGUAGAGCACACGUGCGCAUUUGCCGUGUGUAUGUACACAUAUUCGCAUCAGUGAAUUUGCACAUACGCACACACAAAGUACACACGUGUCAUGCGCAGUCAUCAGAGCACCGUACAUGACUGUUGAAGAGCGCAAGGGCAUUGCAAGUUCCCUGUUAACACUACGCCAGCGAGGCUGUUACGCUCACCACGUUGUAGGAUGAGGGCAAAUCGUCGGGAGUCGCUGUCACGCACCGUAGGGGUGGGGGUUGCCGAUCGCAAGGUUUACUAUCCGUCACCACAAUCGGUGGAUCUGCCACCAGUCCAUGGGUGAGACAAAUGGGCUCCUACACACUGCAAGCUCAGCGACAGGCGAGCCAUCCUUGCGGUGCGAUGCCCAGAUUUACGAAGGGGUGUGACGGCGUUUCCCCUCGUUUGCCCAAGACGAGCGUGCUGAGCGGUGCCUCCACCUGACGGCCCGUCCCAGGGAAGCUGUUUGGGUCCGUCGGUGUGGCACGGGGGGGCAGCUGGCAGCAGGUCGCUCUUUGUACGGCCUCUCGGUGCUUCACCUCCCACAGCUCAGAGGGAACACCGACGUUCACACUUGUAUUCUGAGCAAUAACUGUUUAGUUCCACCGAGAGUGAAGGCGUUUUGCUGGAGCCAGGAGUUUAGUUGUAUUUAUUGUUAAACACGCUGGGAUGUUCACUCCCGGUGGGCAUGCCUGGAAAUGUGCACUUUAAAAACAUAAAUGUUACUACAGUUGUUUCAAUUUCAAAAGCUGUCACUCUGAAUAAGAGCCUUUUUUUUGUGUCAUUUGUGUGCAGUUGUCUGCGUGGAGAUGACCAAAGUGCUUUUUGCUGGAAGGAUGUUGCACAUGCUUUUAAAAAACACUUGGUUUUUACAGAAGAUGCUUUACAAGAUGGUGUUGCUUUUGUUUUGUGCGAUUCCUUUUUUUAAGGUUACUCCUCAUAGAGGCAACAUGUUUUACAGUAAACAGUGUAUGAGGCGGUAAGAAAAUGUAGACAAUAUGCUAUGCAUAAUGCAUUUUUCUAGGGAAGUCUGCAUAAUUAAGUUAUGAAUUUUUGUUUUGUUUUUUUCUUUUGGUGUACAGCUCUAUUUAUAUCAGUUGCAGAACUUUCAGAAAACACCAGUCCCUUGUCACUUUGACAAGUCAAGUGUGUCUGAACUGCUUCAUUUCCAAUGACUUAAUGUACCAUGUGACAUUGUAAUUAACACAACCUUCAUUAAAGACUUACUGGCUCUUUUGUCAUUCAAUUUUUUUAUGCGUGUCUUAUAGAAAUUAUGUCAAGGGACGUGCAUUUUCAGUUUUUCGCCCAAAUCACGUUUGUUACAUUUCAAGAUCGCUGCUAGCACUGCGACUAGCAGAGAGCAGCACAUGUGAAGAAGUCAAAGUGGUUUUGUCACUUCAACCAUAUACAGCUGGUACGGCAUAGAGGGAAAGGAAACAAUGCUCCUCUAGGCCCAUGGUGCUACAUAAAACAUAUUACA